AUGAUGGGAAAGUUUGAGAAGGGAGAUAAAGAGAGGAGGAAGCAGGAGAGGGAGAGACUGAAGCAGGAGAAGAAGUGGAAAAAGAAGAAGGAGAAGAAGAGGAACAAGAGGAAUAGGAAGAAGAACAACAAUGGGAGUAAUGAUGGUGGCUCGUUGCCAAGGUUUGGGGACUGGGAUGAGAGCGAUCCAUCAUCAGCAGACGGUUACAGUGCCAUAUUCGACAUCGUUAGGAAAGAGAAGAACACUGGGUUUUGUGUUAGGAAUAUGUCCUUCAAGCUGGCUGAUCAAAUCAAAACAAGGAGGAGAGGCAGGCUCCGCCGUUUCCUCAAAUCUUUGAAGAGAUGGUGGAGUUGCUUGUGA